GGACAGAUUUACAGACUGAAAAACAAAGCCUUCUUGACGGACCCAAAUGAACAUGAGACUUAAAAGGAGUCUCUGCAAAGUGGAAUUCAGGACAGUGCUUUCCAAAGAGGAGGGAAAUCACCCAAAUGAGAGGAAUGGACAAAAGAUCCUUCAUCACCGAAGUGACGUUUUAGAAACGGUGGUCCUGAUCAACCCUUCCGAUGAAGCCGUCAGCACGGAGGUGCGCUUAAUGAUCACGGACGCCGCCCGACACAAGCUGCUCGUGCUGACUGGGCAGUGCUUUGAAAACACCGGAGAGCUUAUCCUCCAGUCCGGCUCUUUCUCCUUCCAGAACUUCAUAGAGAUUUUCACCGAUCAAGAGAUUGGGGAGUUACUGAGCACCACCCAUCCUGCCAACAAAGCCAGCUUGACCCUGUUCUGUCCCGAAGAAGGAGACUGGAAGAACUCCAAUCUUGACCGACACAAUCUCCAAGACUUCAUCAAUAUCAAACUCAACUCAGCUUCUAUAUUGCCAGAAAUGGAAGGACUUUCUGAGUUUACCGAGUAUCUCUCCGAGUCGGUGGAAGUCCCAUCUCCCUUCGACAUCCUGGAACCUCCCACCUCGGGGGGAUUUCUAAAGCUCUCCAAGCCCUGCUGUUACAUUUUUCCAGGAGGCAGGGGCGAUUCCGCCUUGUUUGCAGUGAAUGGGUUCAAUAUGCUCAUCAACGGCGGAUCCGAGAGAAAAUCCUGCUUCUGGAAGCUCAUCCGACACUUGGACCGAGUGGACUCCAUCCUGCUCACCCACAUUGGGGAUGACAAUCUGCCUGGAAUCAACAGCAUGCUACAGCGGAAAAUUGCAGAGCUGGAGGAAGAACAGUCCCAGGGCUCCACCACAAAUAGUGACUGGAUGAAAAACCUCAUCUCCCCUGACUUAGGAGUUGUAUUUCUCAACGUACCUGAAAAUCUGAAAAACCCAGAGCCAAACAUCAAGAUGAAGAGAAGCAUAGAAGAGGCUUGUUUCACUCUCCAGUACCUAAAUAAAUUGUCCAUGAAGCCAGAACCUCUGUUUAGAAGUGUAGGCAACACCAUCGAUCCUGUCAUUCUUUUCCAGAAAAUGGGAGUGGGUAAACUUGAGAUGUAUGUGCUUAAUCCAGUCAAGAGCAGCAAGGAGAUGCAGUACUUUAUGCAGCAGUGGACUGGCACUAACAAAGACAAGGCUGAAUUCAUCCUGCCUAACGGCCAAGAAGUCGACCUCCCAAUUUCCUAUCUAACUUCCGUCUCUUCUUUGAUUGUGUGGCAUCCAGCAAACCCUGCAGAGAAAAUCAUCCGAGUCCUGUUUCCUGGAAACAGCACCCAGUACAAUAUCCUGGAAGGGCUGGAAAAGCUCAAACACUUGGACUUCUUGAAGCAGCCACUGGCCACCCAAAAAGAUCUCACUGGCCAGGCUCCCACUGGUGCCUCGAAACAGGUGAAACUGAAGCAGAGGGCUGACAGCCGAGAGAGUCUGAAGCCAGCUGCAAAACCACUUCCCAGCAAAACCGUGCGCAAAGAAUCUAAAGAGGAAACGCCCGAGGUCACCAAAGCGAAUCACGCAGAAAAGCCACCCAAAGUUGAAAGCAAAGAGAAGGUAACCGUGAAAAAAGACAAGCCAGUCAAAACAGAGCCCAAACCGCCAGCGGCCGAGAAGGACGUGCCCGGCAAAGAAGAGCCGUCGCCAGUGAAAGCCGAGGCAGCUGAAAAGCAAGCCACGGAUGUCAAACCCAAAGCCACCAAGGAGAAGACAGUGAAAAAGGACACAAAGGUGAAACCCGAGGAAAAGAAAGAGGAGAAGGAGAAGCCAAAGAAAGAAGUGGCUAAGAAGGAAGACAAAACGCCCGUGAAGAGGGAGGAAAAGCCAAAAAAGGAGGAGGUGAAGAAGGAAGUCAAAAGGGAAGUCAAGAAAGAGGAGAAAAAAGAACCCAAGAAAGAGGCGAAGAAGGAAACGCCGCUGAAGGAAGCCAAGAAGGAUGUUAAGAGGGAAGAAAGGAAGGAAAUUAGGAAGGAGGAAAAGGAGCCCAAGAAAGAAAUUAAGAAGCUCCCUAAAGACACGAAGAAAUCUUCCGCUCCUCUAGCCGAAGCAAAAAAGCCGGCUGCGCUAAAACCAAAAGUCCCCAAGAAGGAAGAGUCCGUCAAGAAAGAUUCCGCUGCUCCUGGGAAGCCAAAGGAGAAGGGGAAGAUUAAAGUCGUUAAGAAGGAAAGCAAGACAGCCGAGGCUGCCACCGCAGCCGCUGGCGCCGCGGUGGCCGCGGCCAGGGUAGCCGCCACUGGCCCUGCCAAAGACCUCGAAGCGGAGCGGUCCCUGAUGUCGUCUCCCGAGGAUCUCACCAAGGACUUCGAAGAGUUAAAGGCCGAAGAGGUCGACGUGACGAGGGACAUCAAGCCUCAGCUGGAGCUCCUCGAAGACGAGGCGCGAUGGAAGGAGACGGAGCCGGUGGAAGCCUACGUCACCCAGAAGGAGACGGAGGUCGUCAGAGGCCCUGCCGAGUCCCCCGACGAGGGCAUCACCACCACCGAAGGGGAGGGCGAGUGUGAGCAAACGCCUGAGGACUUGGAGCCGGCCGGGAAGCAGGGGGUGGAUGACACUGAGAGGUUUGAGGACGAAGGCGCCGGUUUCGAAGAAUCCUCGGAGACCGGAGACUACGAAGAGAAGGCCGAGACCGAGGAGGCUGAGGAGCCAGAAGAGGACGCCGAGGAAAGCGUGUGCGCGCGCGCCUCCAAACACAGCCUCCUGGAGGACGAGGAGAGCACCAAGGCGGAGGCCGACGUGCACCUCCAGGCGAAGAGGGAGUCUGUGGCCAGUGGGGAUGACCGGGCGGAAGAAGACAUGGAUGAGGCGACGGCCAAAGGAGAGGCGGAGCCGUCGGAGGAGGAGGCCGAGGAGGAGGACAAGGCGGAGGACGCCAGGGAAGACGACGAGUCCGAAAACAUCGAAGCCGAAGAUUACGUGAUGGCCGUGGUGGACAAGGCCGCAGAGGCCGGGGGAGCCGAGGAUCAGUAUGGAUUCCUCACGGCGGCAGCCAGGCCACCCGGAGCCCAGGCUCCCGGCCGAGAACCUGCAUCUUCCAUUCACGACGAGACCUUACCCGGAGGCUCCGAGAGCGAGGCCACCGCUUCCGACGAGGACAAUCGGGAAGACCAGCCCGAGGAGUUCACGGCCACCUCCGGCUACACCCAGUCCACCAUCGAGAUCUCCAGCGAGCCCACCCCCAUGGACGAGAUGUCCACUCCUCGGGACGUGCUGAGUGACGAGACCAACAAUGAAGAGACAGAGUCCCCGUCUCAGGAAUUCAUGCACGUCACCAAGUACGAGUCGCCGCCGUAUACGCAGGAAUACCCCAGGCCUGCUGCCGCCUCGCUCAAUGGGUUCUCGGAAGGGUCAAAAACGGACGCCACCGAGGGCAAGGAUUACAACGCUUCAGCCUCCACCAUCUCGCCGCCCUCGUCUAUGGAGGAAGACAGAUUCAGCAGAUCUGCUCUUCGGGACGCUUACUGCUCCGACGUGAGAGCCAGUGCCAGGUUGGAGAUCAAAGACACCGUCUCGGCAGUUUCAGGCGACACACUUAGCCCGUCCAAGAGCCCGUCCCUGAGUCCUUCCCCGCCGUCACCCAUAGAAAAGACCCCCCUAGGUGAACGCAGUGUGAACUUCUCUCUGACACCCAAUGAGAUUAAAGUUUCUGCAGAGGCCGAGGCAGUCUCGGUGUCUCCUGAGGUGACCCAAGAAGUCGUUGAAGAACACUGCGCUAGUCCUGAGGAUAAGACUCUGGAAGUGGUGUCGCCAUCUCAGUCUGUGACUGGCAGUGCUGGCCACACACCUUACUACCAAUCUCCCACCGACGAGAAAUCCAGUCACCUCCCUACAGAAGUCUCGGGAAAACCACCGGCAGUUCCAGUGACCUUUGAAUUCAGCGAGGCCAAAGACGAGAAUGAAAGGGCUUCAAUAAGCCCCAUGGAUGAGCCCGUGCCUGACUCCGAGUCCCCUAUGGAGAAAGUCUUGUCUCCUCUGCGCAGUCCACCCCUGAUUGGGUCCGAGCCUGCAUAUGACAGUUUUCUAAGGGCUGAUGGCAAGGCUUCUGGCAGAUAUACCGAAAGCCCCUUUGGAGAAAAGAAUGGAAAACAAGGCUCUCCCGACCAAGUGAGCCCAGUUUCUGAAACGACUGCCACUGGUCAUUACCACGACAGACAGGAAGGGAAAAGCACAGACUUUAUACCAAUAAAGGAAGACUUGGGUCAAGAAAAGAAGACCGAUGAUGUUGAAGCCAUCCGUUCUCAGCCAGCAUUGGCUUUGGAUGAGAGGAAGUUAGGAGGGGAUGUUUCUCCAACCCAGAUCGACGUCAGCCAGUUCGGAUCUCUUAAAGAAGACACCAAGAUGUCCAUUUCUGAAGGCACCGUCUCAGACAAGUCGGCGACCCCUGUGGAUGAGGGGGUGGCAGAAGACACGUACUCUCACAUGGAGGGCGUGGCCUCCGUCUCCACAGCCUCCGUGGCUACAAGCUCCUUUCCAGAGCCAACCACAGACGACGCGUCGCCUUCUCUGCAUGCCGAGGUUGGCUCCCCACAUUCCACAGAAGUAGAUGACUCCCUCUCAGUGUCUGUGGUGCAAACGCCCACCGCCUUCCAGGAAACAGAAAUGUCUCCAUCAAAAGAAGAAUGCCCGAGACCCAUGUCAAUCUCUCCGCCAGACUUCUCCCCUAAAACUGCCACAUCUAGGACACCGGUUCAAGAUCACAGGUCUGAACAGUCUUCAAUGUCUAUUGAAUUCGGCCAAGAAUCUCCUGAGCACUCCCUGGCCAUGGACUUCAGUCGACAGUCUCCAGAUCACCCGACGAUGGGUGCAGGUGUGCUUCACAUCACUGAAAACGGGCCGACUGAAGUGGACUACAGUCCUUCUGACAUGCAGGACUCCAGUUUGUCACAUAAGAUCCCACCUAUGGAAGAGCCAUCCUACACUCAAGAUAACGAUCUUUCUGAGCUCAUCUCAGUGUCUCAGGUAGAGGCUUCCCCAUCCACCUCCUCUGCUCACACCCCUUCUCAGAUCGCCUCUCCGCUCCAAGAAGAUACUCUGUCUGAUGCCGCUCCUCCCAGAGAUAUGUCCUUGUAUGCCUCGCUCACCUCUGAAAAGGUGAAAAGUCUGGAGGGAGAGAAGCUCUCUCCAAAAUCUGAUAUCUCUCCACUCACCCCACGGGAGUCCUCUCCUUUAUAUUCGCCUAGUUUUUCAGAUUCUACCUCUGCAGCCAAGGAGAACACGGUGGCUCGCCACACUUCCUCUUCUCCGCCCGUGGAUGCAGCGUCCGCAGAGCCCUAUGGCUUCCGUGCCUCGAUGUUAUUUGAUACGAUGCAACACCACCUGGCCUUGAAUAGAGAUUUGACCACAUCUGGCAUGGAGAGGGACAAUGGAGGGAAGACCCCUGGUGACUUUAGCUAUGCCUAUCCAAAGUCGGAGAAAACAACCAGGUUGCCAGAUGAAGAAGACUGCGACUAUGGGUCUUACCGGAAAACCACCCGGACCCCAGACAUGGUCGGCUAUUACUAUGAGAAGACAGAGAGAACCACAAAAUCCCCGGGUGACAGCGACUACUCCUAUGAGACCAUUGAGAAAACCACCAAGACCCCUGAAGAUGGCGGGUAUGCCUACGAAAUUACUGAGAAGACCACACGGACCCCCGAAGUCAGUGGUUAUAGCUACGAGAAGACUGAGAGGUCUAGACGGCUCCUGGAUGACAUCAGCAAUGGCUAUGAUGACUCUGAGGAUGGCGGCCACCCACUCGGGGACUCCAGCUACUCUUAUGAGACCACUGAGAAAAUUGCCAGUUUCCCGGAGUCUGAAAGUUACUCCUACGGGACGUCGAUAACAACCGCACGAACCCCCGAUGCAUCCACGUACUGUUACGAGACUACAGAGAAAAUCACCAGAACCCCCCAGGCGUCCACGUAUGCCUACGAGACCUCAGACCGAUGCUACACCGCAGAAAAGAAGUCCCCCUCGGAAGCCCGCCAGGACGUCGAUCUCUGCCUCGUGUCCUCCUGUGAGUAUAAGCACCCCAAGACCGAGCUUUCGCCCUCCUUCAUUAAUCCCAACCCUCUUGAGUGGUUUGCCAGUGAAGAGGCCCCUGAGGAAUCCGAAAGGCCCCUCACUCAAUCCGGGGGCGCCCCGCCGCCCCCGGGAGGAAAGCAGCAGGGCCGACAGUGUGACGAGACCCCUCCCACCUCGGUCAGCGAGUCAGCCCCGUCCCAGACCGACUCUGACGUGCCCCCCGAGACGGAAGAGUGCCCCUCCAUCACGGCCGAUGCCAACAUUGACUCUGAGGAUGAGUCGGAAACCAUCCCCACAGACAAAACCGUGACGUACAAGCACAUGGACCCACCUCCAGCCCCCAUGCAAGACCGCAGCCCUUCUCCGCGCCACCCUGACGUGUCCAUGGUGGACCCAGAGGCCUUGGCCAUUGAGCAGAACCUGGGCAAAGCUCUGAAGAAAGAUCUGAAAGAAAAGACCAAAACCAAAAAGCCAGGCACAAAGACCAAGUCGUCUUCGCCUGUCAAAAAGAGCGAUGGCAAAUCCAAGCCACUGGCUGCUUCGCCCAAGCCAGGGACCUUGAAAGAGUCUUCGGAUAAGGUGUCCCGAGUGGCUUCACCUAAGAAGAAAGAAUCUGUGGAAAAAGCCACGAAAACCACCGCCACUCCCGAGGUCAAAGCCGCACGUGGGGAAGAGAAAGACAAGGAGACCAAGAACGCUGCCAAUGCUUCCGCGUCCAAGUCGGUAAAGACCGCCACCGCAGGACCAGGAACCACCAAGACGGCCAAGUCCUCAGCCGUGCCUCCAGGCCUCCCUGUGUAUUUGGACCUGUGCUAUAUUCCCAACCACAGCAAUAGUAAGAACGUUGACGUCGAAUUUUUCAAGAGAGUGAGGUCAUCCUACUACGUGGUGAGUGGGAAUGACCCUGCCGCCGAGGAGCCCAGCCGGGCUGUCCUGGAUGCCUUGCUGGAGGGAAAGUCUCAAUGGGGCAGCAACAUGCAGGUGACGCUGAUCCCAACUCAUGACUCAGAAGUGAUGAGGGAAUGGUACCAGGAGACCCACGAGAAACAGCAGGACCUCAACAUCAUGGUGUUAGCAAGCAGCAGCACGGUGGUUAUGCAAGAUGAGUCCUUCCCUGCAUGCAAGAUUGAACUGUAAAAACCAAGACCGGCCACACCACAGGAUUUAAACUUUGUUUUCAGAAAUUCUUCGAUUUGAAACCACCUUUUCUAAAAGUCAAUUCGUCUGAUUACGUCGCUGAACAAUGACCUGCCAAAUGCUAUACUGUGUCUUGGUGAUCCAAGUCACUAACAUUUCUCAGUUUUUGCCGAUUGCUAAGGGAAGUAACAAUAUUCCCACAAUAGGGUUCGAGUGACCGCAAAACGACCUGACCCGGUUCAUCUCUGCUGAACAUUUGGAAACCAUGCACUAGCAAACCCAACUGACUUCUGCUAGGUAGAGGCGUUUGUCUUAGAGAGCACGCGCAUGAGAGAGUGAGAGGGAACGAGAGCACAAGGAGAGCGAAGGAGAGAGAGAGAGAGAGGAAGGAUGAGAAAGAAAAAGAAUGCAAGAGAAGGAGAUGGAAUGACGGAGAGUUCUGGUGAGACACCCAGAGAGAAAAGGAGAGAGCAGGGUGUGGUAAGGAGAAGAGAACCAACAAUCGGGUCUGCAUUUUCUCAGGCAGUAGGCAUUCUGUAGUCUACACAGGCAACGUUUUCCGUGUUUGUCAGUCUGAGUCAUCACAAAGAGUCUUAAUUUUCUCAAACAAGCUGGCUGGAAGAAAACAGAAAGAACAAAACUUGUGAGGAGGGCAUGGGAGAUUUUCACAGCUUCCCUGAGCUCCUUCAGUUGGAAAGCUGCACGCUGACCUCACGUAGCGAGUGUAGACUGCACCUGCAAGUGGUUUGGGCCCCAUUCAGAACUCUCAGACUCUAAACACACACGUAGAUUGAUCUAAGGCAUGCUCCCAGCAUUUGUCCACCCACUUAGUCCACUCUGAGUCGAUUAACCUGCAUGCGGCCACUCCCAAGUCCACCCCGAUUAACUGAAGCAAAUACCAAAGCAGUUGGGAGUACAUAUGGUAGACAAUUUGCCUUAGGAAGUGACUUGAAUGUACAAAGAUACUCGAUGCACUUAUUUUUUAAUGUGAGACAGCAAGUUUAGAGAACAUCCGUAUAGGAUUAUAGCUACUUAAAGGAGCACGUGGGCGAGUGUGUGUGGGGGUACUUGCAGCUGAUCUGAUCGGUCCAACAGUUUGACGCUGAGUCAUGAGUGUUGAAUCCCACUUCGGUGCACCUGUGGCCUCUCUGCCAAACAAGUUGUGCCCUUCUCAGCUUCUUUCCUACUGCAAGUUCAAGACCGAAAUGGCUUCUAUGAUCAGAACUGGGAAAACAGUGAAUCUUAUGGUGGAAGAGGUUCUCAGCAGGUGUACAGUAUUUACCUUCCUUUGUCUUACAUUGGCUUUUUCAAUUUUCCAUUCAUUUCCACGUAAUUAUGGGAACAAGUGUACAGAAGAAUUUUUUUUUUUAGCUCUGUGAGAACUUUUCAUAGAUGAACUUUUUAACAGAUGUUUUCAUUUACAGGAAAUUGCAAAGAAAACUUUCAAGUGAUAGUCUUUUUUCUUUUUUUGAAGUGUUUCGUAAGACAAAAUUUGAAUAGUGUUUUUUGAAGUUCUGGCAAGAUCGAAGUCUGAUAUUGCAGUAAUAAUAUUUAUUGAAAACCCAUAACUACCAGGAAUCAUGAGACCUCCCACCCCUUGAUUCCCAUAACAUAAAAACCUGAGUCUGUGCUAUUGGAGAGUGGGCAAGAAUGGCAUGGAGGCUACUUUUCAGGGCCUUGGCAAGUACAUCACCCAGUGGUAUCCCACAAACUUCUUUCAAGAUCUUCAACUGUGAGGUGUAAGAGCCAAGUUCAAAGACCCCUAGCACAAGUUUGCUGUGGGAUUUUCUUUUUCAGAAAAAGAAAAGAAACAAUACAUUGAAAACAAAUGAAUUCUCAACUCCUGUGGUUCAUCAUGUAGAGUUUAGAGAAAAUUCCCAUCAUUGUCGUCACUGAACUACGAACCUGGGAAGCCAGAUCGUGAUUAGAGCUGAUGUCGAGUUUCAAGUUGCAGACCAGUGCACCCAGUGUUCAGAUAUGGCAAACUUCUCGGUGACAACCGUGCUGAGCUCUGUCACGUUACAUUUCCUGCAGACUCUCAGAUCUAUGGAGCAGAGAACAAUGACCUCAUUUUAUUUUCUAUGUUAUUUAUUUCAAAAUUAACAUUUUAGUUUAUUUUUGUCUGAUAAGUGUAUGUUUUGCACUGCUAACUACUAUGAGGGUUUAAAAAAUGCUUCUUUAGGGUCCCUUCAUGGAGGACCUAAGCAGUCUACUUAAUGCUGUGAAUUACAUUUUUCAGAUGUUUAAUUUUUUUUUAAAGGAAAUUAAUAUACUAUUUUUGUUAGGCUUCUCUAGAAAUUCAGCUUUUAUUUAUUACCCCCGUUUCUUUCAAGUCCUUCAAAAUAACACUUAAAGGGUAUAAAAAUUAACACGUGAUGGAAAAGUCAAUGUGACGAAAAUGGAUUUCACCGAAUAUAAACUUGUCUACUUCAAAUUUAUUUUAUGAGACAACCCAAGAUCCUCAAGAUAAUUAUUUCACGGUUAGCUGUUAAGUGGAGUUGGUCCACAUAAUGCAUGGGAAAAAAAUUCUAGCCUUCUUGCCAAAUCCAGACCUCUGGUUGGUUUUUCUUUGUUAGAAGAUGGAGUUACUUUCCAAUUUCUCAAAUUAAAUUUAUUUAACAUGUACAUUAUUUUGCUUUAAAAAAAAUACAAACAUUUUAGGAGAAUUAUAGCCAGUCUUCAGUUAUAACCACUCUACCCCACUCCCUUUUUUUUCUUUCCCUCUCUCUCUCUUUUUUUUCUGCUAUGGGAUUUAAUGGGAAAAAUAUAUAAAAACUGUCACUGGUCAGCUGGCUCUUUUUCCUAUGAAAUGUCAGCACCUUUCUCCAUCCAUUGUUCUCGAUGAUAACCACAGAGCCUGAGUAUACCAGGAAAACCAAUAUUUGCAUUACAGGUUGCUCCUGUCCUUCCAGACACCUUUCUACCUGUGUGACUAACCUAAUUUUGCUAGUUCCAUAAAUACACAAUUAGUUUAGUAACAGCCAUUGCAAUGUACCAUGUACAUUCAUGGUGAGAGCUACAGGUCGACACAGACUUCUAGGAGCUUUGUUCAAUACUGAUUACUUAAUCCAAUUGUAUAGAUUGAAUAUUUGAGUGGAAGGAAUUUACACUCCAUUUAGGUGAUGGGAUUCUACUGAGAUACCACUCACGAUCAUGACCUUUUUGGUAGUAUUCUUAAACAAAAUUCUGCAGAGACUAAAUGUUAGAGAUGAUCCUCCAUUUUCAAUUUUAACCAAUUCUGUCCCCUUUCUCAAAACCCCAAUCCCUGUGCAUGCUUUCUCAGUCUUGUGGUGAGACUGGAUACAAUGACUGACUUCCCUCCCCACCCCCACCCUGCCCUUAAGCACCAUUUUCCAUGGAGUUCAAAAAAAGUUUUUUUCCCUAACGUUACAUAUCAUAGUGAAUGGUUUCCCCAGUGCAUAUGAAUGUUUUAAGUGUCUCCAAUAGCUUACGCAGUCUAGGAGCUUUCCAAUACUCAUUUAAUAAGAUUUAAUCAUUUGCUAAUGGAAACUUUGCCACCUUCCAUUUUCCCUCUAUUACCAAAUUCCAGCUCUCAGGAGCUGGUCUACAAUUCUGAAAUUGCUUUUCUUGCUUCUCUUUAGUCACCUGUCACAGGAGGUUCCUGCUCAGUAAUGAUAUGGCGAGUUAGGAUAAUAACCUUUUUUUUGGCGCUUCAGAUUUAGGAGAAAAGAUCCUGUUUCCAUUUGAAAGGAACUGCAAGCUUUUAUCUUUUAACCAGCUGAACAACGCACCAACAGCAGCCUAGGGGUGAGCAAUGCUAUGAAAGCAAUUAGGUUAUUCACCUGGUAUUAAAACUGCUAUUUAAAGAAAUCUGUGACUUCAUGAAGUGAAUUGAAAAGGCAGCAUCAAAAACUGAAAAGGAAGGGGAAAAUAAAUAAAUAGCUUCUCUGCACUUGUUUGGAGCUCCCCGAAGCAGGAGCCACAGAGAAGAGGCGCCAAGGCCAGGCUGCCUUUCGAGAACACCCGCGGAGUUGAGAGCCAGCUCCCGGCACUGCAUGCAGCCCGGGAAAGAGGGUCUUGGGCCCGGCUGGCCGAGAAGCACUUCACACUCCUCUCUCUUGUUCUGAAUGGUGUUUGUGUCAGUCUGCAGCUGUGUAUGGUAUUAUGUCUUAUAAUCCUGCAUCACUUCUAUCCUAUCCAGUCAUAUCUAAUGUAGAAAAUUAGUUUCCAGUGAAAGUAAUAUGUAGUGCUUUUAUGAUAUUUGUGUGCAAUAUCCCCUCUUCCAUUGAGGAUAUUUGAUGUAAAGGAAAAAAAAAAAAACUCGGUUCCACAAUAAAAUACAAAAGUGGCAAAAGUU